UCAGCAUCCUAUCAAAGACGGAAUGGAUGGCGCUUGUCAGAGUUUGUAUCCGUGAACAAGAUAGCGCUUCUGCUGAAGCAGCUAUUCAUCUGAUGAAGCGGUCGGGGUUUCUUCCGCCUGAGGAAACUGUCAACAGUGUUCUCGAAUACUAUGCGAACAACGCCAAUAUUUCAGGUGUAGAGACUUUCAUUUCCAAAAUGUUAACAGGUACUCCUACGGAGAAACAACGGGAUUUGCAUGUCAAAGCUCACCUCAAAUCAACACCUUCUGGUACCAUCCCGGCCUCUGCGCUAUCUGUCAUUCACAGAUACGAAGAGCGGUCUCUGGAUGCUCCGAUCACAACAUACACCCGUGUCAUCACUUCAUUAUUUUCAUGUCACUCGUCUAUAGGAAACGCACAAGCGUGGGAUCUAUUUGUACAUAUGCGCUAUGUUGCGCACCCCACGCCCGAUGCUCUCUUGUACACGCUUAUGAUCCGUGCGUGC